AUUAACGAUCGUGAGGCUGGAAGGUCAAGGGGAUUCGGAUUUGUCACCUUCAAGGACGAGAAAUCCAUGAGGGAUGUUAUUGAAAAAAUAAACGGGAAAGAGCUUGAUGGCCGUACCAUCAUUGUGAAUGAGGCACAGUCCCGAGGAAGCGGCGGUGGUGGAGGAGGCCGUGGUGGCGGCAGUGGUGGUUACCAUAGUGGUGGUGGUUACGAGAGACGUAGCGGUGGUUACGGAUCUGGUGGAGGCGGCAGUGGCCGAGGUGGAUACAGUGGUCACCGUGAAGGCGGUAGCGAUUACGGAGGAGGUGAUGGUGGCUACGGAGGAAGCGGUGACGGUGGCAGUGGCUGGUAGUUGAAGAUAGUGUGGUUUGGUGCUGCUCUGUGCUUGGUUUAGAUUUGGUUUGUUGGUUGAUAAUUGAGUUUCAGAGUUGCAAAGUUUAAGUCGUGACGUUUUGGUUGGUGACGUUUCAUCCAAGAGUCACAAGUUCUAAGAGACACAACUCAUUAUGAUGUAGUGUCUGUUUGUUUUCUAUAUAAAACAGUUCUGUUGUUGAUGUAUGUAACAAGUUUUAGUUGA